UUUUUUUUUCUUGAAGUUGUUCGAGUUAUGAAUAUUGGCCUGUAUAUCUGGACGAGUCAUGAAUAUUGGCCAUGACAAAAAAAAUAAUGCCUACAUAAUGGUAGAGUUCUGCUCUUCUUCUUACCGGCAUUUGUUUCCGGGGGACGAUAUCAGAGACGGACUUGUAAACAUUUGAAGCGUGUUUCGCUGCAACCUGGAUGAGAAACAUGUUCUAUUAGCUUUUACCCUACGUGCACUUUACGGGAAUGCAUCCAGGAAAUGUAAUCGUACCCGGAGAGCUGAAACUCAGAGGUGUUGCCUGCUGUGUCAUUUACUAGCUACAGAGGAGAUAUGAAAUUACUAUUUUUAGCCUGCCUAAGCCCCAAAACAGGGAACUUCACGACAGCUGAGAGAAUAAGAUCUCACAUUGAAUCAGCAGGACACAUCUGUGAACUACGAGACGUCGCAGAUUUUCAGUCUCCGUCUGACGUGGCGCAUCUACUGUCCCAGAACCCUCCAUUUGAGGGGGCGCUGGCCAUUCAUCUUUUCAAAGCGGGCAGACUUCUCCUGGACAUCCAUUUACCCUUCGGGGUGGUUUUUGGGGGAACAGACAUAAAUGAAGAUGUGAAAGAUGAGCAGAAGCAUGUGGUUAUGGAGCAGGUGCUGCUGAAAGCCAGGUUUGCUGUGGCUUUCACUGAAAAGCUGAAAGAAGAGGCAGAAUUUGUUUUGGUGUCGCCCAGCAGUAAAAUCUAUGUUCAGCCCCAAGGUAUUCAGACAGAAGUGGCUGAAGACUUCUGCUGGACUGAAUUCUUGAGGAGCUCAGGUGUGAGAACAGAGCGUGUGGAUGAGCUGCGUGUCUUCCUCCUGGUCUGUGGCCUCAGAAGAGUCAAGGACCCUCUCUAUUUGGCAGAAGCCUUUUCAGAGUGGCAUUCUGCAAACCUUCUCAAUAUAUUGAUCAUAAUCGGCGCAAAGGUUGAUCCUGCACUUACUGCUGAAGUGGAAGCUGUCGUUAAACGGGCUGCGGGGGUCUUCUUGGCACAGGAGAGGAGCCAACAAGAACUGCAUGCCGCCAUCAAAAGGUGCUUUGCCGUAGUCAACAGCUCUGUGUCAGAGGGCAUGUCAGCGGCCAUCUUGGAGGCCAUGGAUCUCAGAGUACCAGUGCUGGCGAGGGAUAUACCAGGAAAUGCAGCCGUGGUGAAGCACGGAGUCACUGGGCUGCUGUUCUCUUCUCCUCAGGAAUUUGUGCACCAGUCUCGGAGGCUGCUGUCAGAUCACGAGCUGAGAGAGAGAGUCGUAAGGAAUGGAAAACUCUACGUGGAGGAACAUCACAGUGUGAAACAGGAGAGGGAGACGUAUAAGAAACUGUUGGACAUGCUGCACAAGGCCUAGUUUACAGCAUUACUAGAUACUUUCUCAGGAACUUCAGCUGCAAUAUAUAUAUAUAUAUAUAUUUGUACAUUAUCUGUACUCAUUUAAUAUUUUAAUUCUUCUAUUCAUUUAAAUAAAGAUAUAUUUUUAACCAAAGAACAGUGAACCAAAGACAUUAAUGUUUUUAAAGAUGUCACGUAAUAUAUUUGAUGCCUGUGAAAAAACUGCCAGUAAACUGUCAUGUAUAUAACUAUAGAUGUAUUGUAAGUAGACUCUGUAAAACAAGUUUACAUUAAGAAAACUAUAAACAUAUGGUAAAUAAAAGUAAAGAAAACUUU